AUGGGUUUCUUCCUAAUGCUCUUAGUAAUUGUCGAACUUCUAAGUUCACAUUGGACUUUGUGGCCAAAAUCUCUUGCCGUUUUUCAAUCUAGAAAAUUCAACACGAUAUUAUCGCUCCUACUGGCAUUAUUUCUAACUGGUGCUGGUUUUGCUGUUACACGUUCAGCACCAGUGGUGAAUCGGGUAAAUGUGAAAAUCCGAGAUCUCCCCCCAUCACUUGAUGGAUUUACUAUUGUUUUGCUAACUGAUAUCCAUAUUGGACCCACCGUUGAUCAGAAACGAAUCGAAGAGAUUGUUGUAAAAACAAAUGCGUUGCAUGCAGAUAUGGUGGCUAUUGCGGGUGAUUUAGUUGAUGGAUUCCUAUCAAAUUUGGUACAGCGAACCUUACCACUGGCAAAGUUGAAAUCAAAGUAUGGUGUCUAUUAUAUCACCGGAAAUCAUGAAUACUACUACGGUGACGUAAACGAAUGGUUGCAUUAUUUCACGACGAAGUUUAAUAUCACCGUUUUGCGCAACGAAAAUCGUAAUCUCUGUUCCACCAGCGGUGAUUGUAUUUGUGUUGCUGGUGUACAUGAUCUCUUCACAGAAAAACUCCGGAUCCCUGGUCAUCAUAUGGAUGCAGAACGUGCAUUGAAUGGUUGUAGUGAGACACAACCUGUGAUACUGUUGGUACAUCAACCAAAUGGUGCUUCUAAAAUCCUACGUAAUACUAAGAAACGAAUUGAUUUGGUUUUAUCAGGACACACGCAUGCUGGACAGUUUUAUAUCGUAUGGUUUCUCGCAUACCUGAAGAAUGACUUCUUAUAUGGGCAUUACCAAGUAAAAAAUAGGGACACACAGAUUUACGUGUCGUCUGGCGUGAAUUACUGGGGUCCACCUGUAAAAAUGUUUAAUUUAUGUGAAAUAACUUUACUGACAUUGCGCAGGUGA